AGCGCUUUAAUCGUGUUCAGAUCGAUGCUGGGCUUCAGGGCAAACUCAGUCCGUGUUUGAGGAACUAAAAUGUCAAAGUAAAGAAGCGGAGCGUCGGGAAUGGUUGAGCUGUGCUGAGGAGCAGAAAGCGGAGCUGAGGAUUAAAACGCUCCACAGUCACUGUACACGGUUUAAAGUGUGUUGAAUGGACGGCUUAUUCCUCAGGAUGAACUCUGUCUAUGAAAAACCAGCCAGGAGGCAUUAAACGCAGUUACUAAGGCUUUAAAACCCGCGGAGACAUGUGUAUAUGUAAGAACAAAACCCUGGAUCUCUGAAUCUGAGAUGUUUGACCGACCAGCAGCCUUUUCCAGAAGUUUAUCAAACACCUUCCCGUCUAAAUGCCACAGUUUCCACUGAGGACUUCCUCAACUAAGUCCUCUUUCUGGGCUGUAAAGCUUGUUUUCAGAAUGUUUGAUCACCAGUGAGACUAAAAGAAUAUGUCCCUGUCCAGCAACAGGACUUUUUCUGCACCUCUUCAGGGUUACUACCUGACAUGAAGGACUGAAGUCUGAGGACACAGCGCCCCCUGCCAGACUCCCUCUGCAGCUGCAGGCCAUGGCUGAGCCCAGCUACUCUGACCUGAUCGCCAAGCACUACAACUACACCGGCAAGUUUCGCAAGACACAGCAGGACUCUGGUCUGAAGGCAGACUCUGUGGUCUUCAUCAUCGUGUGCUGCUUCAUUAUCCUGGAGAACAUCCUGGUCCUGACCACCAUCUGGAGAACCAAGAAGUUUCACAAGCCCAUGUAUUACUUCAUUGGGAACCUGGCACUGUCUGACCUGCUGGCCGGCGUUGUCUACACUGCCAACAUCCUGCUGUCGGGCGCCAACACGUACAAGCUGACACCCACACAGUGGUUCUUCAGGGAAGGUAGCAUGUUUGUGGCGCUGGCAGCGUCCGUCUUCAGCCUGCUGGCCAUUGCCAUUGAGCGCCACCUCACCAUGCUGAAGAUGAAGUUGCAUAACAACGGCAACACCUGCCGCGUCUUCCUGCUCAUCAGUACCGUGUGGAUGAUCGCGGCGGUGCUCGGUGGACUGCCGGUGAUGGGCUGGAACUGCAUCCAGAGCAUGACACACUGCUCCACCGUGCUGCCACUCUACCACAAGACCUACAUCCUGUUCUGCACCACUGUCUUCAGUAUCAUUCUUAUGGCCAUCGUAGUGCUCUAUGCUCGGAUCUACGCGCUGGUGCGCACUCGAAGCCGCAAACUUGUCUUCCGCAAAGUGUCCAAUGGUCGUGGCAAUGCUGGUGCCAAUAGCAAGAGCUCAGAGAAGUCGAUGGCCCUGCUGAAGACAGUCAUCAUUGUCCUGAGCUGCUUCAUUGCUUGCUGGGCUCCACUCUUCAUUCUCCUGCUUCUGGAUGUGGCUUGUGAGACACUGAGCUGCCCCAUCCUCUACAAGGCCGAGUGGUUCCUGGCACUCGCCGUCCUCAACUCUGCAAUGAACCCCCUUAUCUACACAUUGACCAGCAACGAGAUGCGGUGCGCAUUCCUCAAGACGCUGCUUUGCUGCACUGCCUGCAUCCGGCCAAGGGUGAAAUUUACGGGUCCGAUCAUGGGGGCAGAGUUCAGCCGCAGCAAAUCGGAUAACUCCUCCCACCCCAACAAGGAGGAGACGGAGUACUCACCAAGGGAGACGACAGUGGUGUCCUCGGGGAACAUCACCUCGUCAUCCUAAACAUCCAAACAUCCGGUCGUAACUGGGCGGAGGAGAGGAUGAUGUACAGAGUCAGAUGGAGAGUUUGUGUUUGUACAGAAACAUGUGAACAGUGCCAUGUGGAGUGUUCAUGAACCUUCAGCGGAUCAGAACUCACAGCACUUAUGGAGAAUUUCCAGCUGGUUAAAGUGGGAUCAGUGAACCCUGAGAUAGAGGAGGUCCUGCUCUGUAUGUAGCUCACAACCUUCAGUCAGAACCAUCACGUCACCCGCAGGAAGAUCGACUGGUUUCACUGCUGGAUCUCAGGUUUAUCUCAGCUCACCUGCUUAAAGGUUCUGCUUCAUUCAGAACCUGGCCGGGCAAGAAAGUGGCUUUGCAGAUUUCAUCCAAACAUCCUCAUGAUCCAGAACACAGCCUUAAAAAAAUGCACUUGAUCAGACACUUAAAACAUCCUGAGGGUUUAUAGAAGCUGUAGUCAUGAAUUAUUGAUGUGUCUUAUUUCAUUGUGAUGGUUGAUAUUACUGAAUGGCAGUGAUGAGCUUCAUAGAAAGUGUUAUUGAUCCUCAUAGAAGAAUCUGACUUUAUACUCACCCUCUAAGAACCACUAGAACCUGUAGCGCUUUAAACACACAGCUGUCAAAUAUUUAAGAAAUACAGAUUAAUUCAUGGAGAUUUUUUCCCUCUUCUCUUUCCUUGAAACCUUUACAUAAGGAAAUCCCCAUGUGAAAUCAGAGCUCAGCUGCUUUUCACAAACACAUACACAAACAACAAAACCCAAAAUCUUAAUAAUCAGUUCUCAACAAAUUUCACAUCUUGACUAAGAACCCAAUUUUUCAAAUAAGACACUUAAUAAAGGGUUUAAAUGUUGCACCUGCGCUCUAUAUUAAGAAUUUAUAACUCAUCUGAUUUAAUUUAAUUCUAAUGCUGUAUGAUUUCAUUUGCAUAUGGAGCUACGUUUUCAAUAGUAAAAUAAAAAUACAUCUAUAAAAUUGCCAUAUGUUGUCAUAUGUUUGAUAUAUUUGUUUGAAAAAUAACCUACAUGAGUAAAUGCUUGUCAAAGCAGCAUUCAGUCAGUUUUCUGUUGUUCCUCUAAUGGUUUUCAGCUCUAAAACAAACUCUUACAAAUUAAAAACACUCCAUAAAGUAUGUCUUAUCACAGAAUUAUAAUUGUGGCAUUUUAUGUGUCUGAGAAGCAUCUGAACUCUGAAUAAUGAAUAUAUUUGAUGUGAUAUUUUUGUAAAAAGUUAACUGUGUAAAACUUGUAGAAUCGAUGGGUCAGAAUGUAUUUUGUACUUGGUGUCUGUAUUAUUGUUGUUAGUAGUGAUGUCAGUGUACUCACAUUAAUUUGUUUGAAAGCAGGAAGGAAAAACAUUAUUCUGCUUGUCAGAGAAAUCUGAUGUUUUGUUCUGUUUAAUUUGUUCAGUCAUGUGUCAGAUCUACGGAAGCCCCUUUCCUACCAAAAAUAAAUCACAAAUAAAAUCAGUACAUGCAAAGCAAGUAAAAACAAGACAACAACUUACUAGAUGUAGUUACUCUUCUGGAGAUUUUGAACUUAUCACGGGAUCUUCAUCAGCAUUCAAGUGCAGGAAUAAACUUUAAAGCUGAAUGGAUUAGUCAUUAAUCGAAAUCGAAGUCCAUCAAAGGCUUAGAAAAACACAUUUUACGGGGUCCUUAAAAAGAUCUUCAAUGUCCAAAAGCCAUUUAAGUGAAGUUAGGCCUUAAAAAAAUCUUAAAAUAAUUUUGACAGCACUUAAAAAAAAUUAGAAAAUAAUAGUUACAUUAAAUCUUUUUAAAUAUGUUUUGGAAUAGAUUUUUUUAUUGAUGACGCAGCAGCAAAAGUGCAAAACAAGAGCCAACAUGGAACAUAGUGUACCAUUAAAGCAACGAAGUAAACUGUCAAAUGAGGAAGUCCAGCUAUAAAAGUGAGCUGAAUGGGAAGUCAGAAAUACAUAAAGUCCCAUAGAAGACCCAAUAUUGUUCGGUAUUCACAUCAUGAACAGCACUAGAGUGCAGCCUCAACGCCACCAUGUCUGCACUAACAGCAUUAACCCCUCAACUCUGGUGAGCAUCUUCCAGACAACAUUUGGAUCUACACCAAUAUUAAAAGCAGAGGUGCUCUGGACAUUACACAUGCUAGCCCUGAAAUAUAUACACAUUUUGCAGACAGAAUGUUUUGUUUUUGGACAUUACAGAAAGCAGAAGAGCCGAGUUGUUUUUUGUUGGGUUUUUUUUUGCCAGUAUGGACGUGAAAUAGCUCUUAAACUGCCUUCUCAAUGGUCUUAGAAUUGUCAAAUUGAACUUAUUAAAAUUAUGUUCAAACAUCUACAAUUUUCUUUCCUUGGGUUAACUCGAUCUGCUUAAGUAGAUCAUGUGAUCUGAUCAAAAUUAAAAAUAAGCUAUAUGUGUAACAAACUUUUGGGUUUUAUUUAGAAGUUUCACCUCAGAAUCUCCUCAAGAAAAUCUCAAGUUUUGUCUUUAUCAUCAUCUUAGUUAAUUGUUAAUAGGAAUGGGCUUCCAUACCGAUCAGACUCUGUUGACAUGUUGACAACCCCCUUUCAAUUUCCUCUAAUCCUCUAUCAGGAGCUGAUCGAUUAAUCAAUUAAUUCCUUUUUGUUUGUUAUCAAACUGUUUGUUACAGUCCAGCCUGAGCUCUGUCUGCACUGUUUAACUCCUGAAUGUUAGGUUGUUUGUUUGUUUGUUAGGCUUAAUAAAGACAGAAAUAGAAACACA